CUCUCUCUACUUUGCCUAACAUGGCCCGCCGCAAGAAGAACAAGAAGGCAGCUGCCGCUGCUCCCGUCGACGACUCCAACAACGACGUCCGGCCCAUCGAGUCGUUCCGCGACGUGACCACCUCGGCCAUGGUCUUUGAUCCGGUCCUCCACGGCGCGUACAUGGCAUCGGCCGCCUCCAGUGCUGGUCCGUCGGAACCUGCCAAGCCUGCAGAGUUGGAAGAGGCCAAGGACGCCCCCGCCCUCAAGGCCUCCGGCUACAAGAUCGACUUUUCCUCAUCGACCAAGACCAACGACAAGGCCAAGGAAGAGACCGACGCCGACGACAAGGCCAAGGACGAUACCGAGGCCAAGCCUGAGCCCAAGCGCAAGGCUGAUGCCCCGGCUGAUGCUGAUCGCAAGACCAAGAAGGCCAAGGCCUGAGCCCUGCCCCUCUCUUCCCUCCCAUCCAUGGCUCCAGCACCAAGAAUCGCCGAGCUACCAGAAUCCCCAGAGCACGCCGCAACCGCUCCGCUGUAUGUCUGCGCUUUCAGACUACCCGUUCACCGUUGGCAAUGGCUCGAGCUCAA